UUUAAAUAAAACUACAUAAAUGAUCAAACUCUCAAUACAAGUAUAAAAAUAACUUAGUCAACAUACGUAUUUCAUUUGAGAAAUUUCCUUUUGAGAUAAACAAAGUAUUUUAAAAUUGCACUGCUUUCAUUUCAUAGGGUAGUAGAAUAAACUCCCCUAUAAGAUAUAUGGACAGCCAAAUAUCCUCUACUGCUGCCACCUACUGGUGUGUCUGUGCUUUACAGUUUCACCAUAAACUGAAACAUAUUUUAUUUGACAUCAAAUCACUGUGUCUUUGUUUCACUCCCACUACACGUGUAGUCUAAUUACAGAUAAUCCUCACUUCCCUCAACAGACGGCAGCGUUAGCUAACACUUGACUCCUUCAACGUAGCUCAACUCAAAGGCUUUUAAUGCUUGUUAGUUUUCAUAAGUGAGAACGUUUUAAUAUAGUGUUCAUCAACUGUGCAGCUGUUAAAGCUACCCUGUUGCUGUGACUGAGCAGUUUGUGAAAAACACCCAUGUGAGCGCUUAUUUUCCAUCGUAUUAAAAAUAGAAAAAGAGUUGAUGUUUGGAUUGUAACCCAGGGAGAUUCAUUCGGAUUUUUCAGCCAUGUUUAAACAUCCGAAUGCAGCUGUGAGGUCACGGGGAAUGGAACCGGGCUCGGUGAAGUCACAGCUCCAAGACAGAGCAGACUGUAAUACAGAGAGGCGAACAUCAGUCAAGAGUAGGACAGUUCGGUACACUGUAGACAAACGCAAACCAGAGAAACAAAAUGGAGGAAGCUUACAUUGUCGUUGAUGAAGAGGCUCCCGCCACUGUAGAAAUCAAAGACCUUGGUAAACGAUAUGAUCUGGCUUUAAAACAACACAGACUGACAAAGGAGCUCUAUGAAAAACUAGUGGAUCAAGGCCAAAUAACAGAGGAGCUGAUGGGAGAACUGGAGCAAGAAAAUCAAAACCUGACCAACAAAAUCAAAGAGUUAAAAGAACAGACAGAAAAUGAGAAGAUAUCAAUAGAGAAGAAUAAAGAACUGAUGCGCCAGAAAGAUUUAGAAGAGAAAAAAGUUCAGAUUAGAGAAAUGGAAGAUUAUCUGGAGAAGAUGAAGGAGGAAAACCAACAGCUGGCUGUUGAGCUUGAAGAGCUUUCAAAGAACCAUCAGGAGGAAACAGCUGAGAAUAUAAUCAAGGAAAACCAGAAGAUCCUGGCAGCCCUGCAUAACAAAGACACCCAAAUAGAGAGACUGUCUGAGAUGGAGGGUGACAAGAAAAAGAAGAUAGAAAGAUAUGCCGGCGUCAUUGAGGAACUCAGAGAUGAAAUUCACCUCCUGGAGAAAAAUCUGAAAGACAUUCAGGAGGAACAGAUCCUAACGGUGGUGAAAUACGAACCAGGCACAGAGGUCCUACAUUCAGUGGUAAAGGAAGAAGAUUACUACAAGGAUGACUUGAUUUCUGUAACCUCAAGAGAAUGGUACUUAUAUCCCUCAAUACAGACAAAAAAAAAACCAAAUCUAAUUAAAAUGACUCAUUUUAAUAUAUAUAUUUUUAGUCCGUUCAGCUGGCCGGAGUAUGGUGCUAGGAUCCUGCAGAGAGGAGUCAAGGCAGCAGGAUACAUCAUUCUCUUUUUCAUCUUUUUUGUAGUCAUUUUGUUAUUCCUGGCGUCUAGCUGCAGAGUUUCUGAUUCGAACUGCAACUUGUGGAUGGUAGCAUUUGAGUUUCUGGAGCCCUACGGAGAACUGAACUAUAUUGUUACCCCUGUUUUUUGAUCCACAUACAUGGUAUAAGCCAUGGGAAUGGACAAAAAAAGAAAUGGGUUAAAAUAAAACCGUAAUAAAAAU